GUCACGUGACUGUCGCUUCCUUUCAAUUGGAGUCGAGAGGAGCGGAUCAGUUUAUUUCUUUACACUCAGUUAAAGAGUCUGUUUAGCACAGGGUGUCUGUGAAGGUGAGAGAGAGAGAGAAGAAGAGGAAGAAGAGGAAGAAAAGGAGGAAGAAGAAGAGUUGAGGAGAGUAGAGUGCAUCCUCCUCCGUCUUUCGCCUCAGAGCUGUGAACGGCUCACUGGAUUUCAGAAUGCAUGUGACGGGGCUUCUGUUUGCGUCAGCGCUCUGUGUGGCCACCUUGGGCCUGGACAAUGGAGUGAUGAGGACGCCUCCCAUGGGCUGGUUGGCGUGGGAACGAUUCCGCUGUGACAUCGACUGUGAGCACGACCCCAAGAACUGCAUCAGUGAGAAUCUGUUCAUCGACAUGGCCGACAGACUCGCAGAGGACGGCUGGAGGGAACUCGGCUACGUGUACGUGAACAUAGACGACUGUUGGUCGUCCAUGCAGAGAGACGAGAAGGGACGUCUGCAGGCCGACCCUAAGAGGUAGUGGUGUAUACAGAAUGUGCU